UUUCACCCGUCCAACUAGUAUCAUCCAAGGAGUGUGGAAGGCCACAAGCUGCCUGCAAUUUCUACCUAGCUUAGGUGUAGUUUGUUUGUUUGAGCCAGGAUGUUGGCGGUGUUCAGCGGCGAGGUGGUGGAGGUGCCGGCGGAGCUGGUGGCGGCCGGCAGCCGGACGCCGUCGCCCAAGACGCGGGCGUCGGAGCUGGUGAAACGCUUCCUCGCCGGCGCCGACCCGGCCGUGUCCGUGGAGCUGGGAUCGCUGGGCAACCUCGCCUACUCCCACGUCAAAGAGUCCCUCCUCCUCCCAAGGUCUUUCGCUGCAAAGGAUGAGAUCUUCUGCCUGUUCGAGGGAGUCCUGGACAACUUGGGGCGGCUGAGCCAGCAGUACGGCCUCUCCAAGGGCAGCAACGAGGUGCUCCUGGUGAUCGAGGCCUACAAGACGCUGAGGGACAGGGCUCCCUACCCCGCCAGCUUCAUGCUCUCCCAGCUCGCCGGCAGCUACGCUUUCGUGCUCUUCGACAAGUCCACAUCCUCCCUCUUCGUCGCAUCCGACCCGGAGGGCAAGGUACCGCUCUUCUGGGGAAUCACCGCCGACGGCUGCGUCGCCUUCUCCGACGACAUCGACCUGCUGAAAGGAUCUUGCGGCAAAUCACUGGCGCCUUUCCCGCAAGGCUGCUUCUACUGGAACGCCCUUGGAGGCCUCAAGUCGUACGAGAAUCCCAAGAACAAGGUGACCGCUGUGCCUGCAGAUGAGGAGGAAAUCUGUGGUACAACCUUCAUGGUGGAAGGAUCUACCGUUCUCGCGGCACUUCAGUAGGAGAUUCUCUCGUCUCCGUCGCUGGGCAAAGCAGGCAACACCGGUCGUGUGUAGGUGGUGGUGGUGUAAUAUAAUGCAACAAGGCGCGUGUGCUACUCUCUCUUGUGAUCUUAUGGGAACUGUUCGGUUGUGUAUCUGAUCAUCUGUAUCUCUAGCUCUUCAAAUUCUCGCAGUGGAUUCAAGACCGGCCGUUUUCAGUUGAAUGUAACAAUUAUAAUGUAGUAGCAAAUAAGCUUUCCUUCUCCAUCUAAAAGAAAAUUUAUCGA